CUGAGGAUGUGGAUUUUACUGGAAUCAGUUACACGAAGUUGAAGGGCAAAACUUUCUUAGGUUUGAUGUAAGCAUUCUUUUUUCCAGAGACAAGCCUUGGGGGUUUGAAGGUCCCUGCAUUUGUCCUUGAGCUAAGGCGGAACUUCGACCGUCACUCGUGAGUCCGGGAAAUAUUGGUAACAAGGGCUGCUGCUGUGAUUAUCACUCGAAGAAUUCAACCACUCAGUUAUCUCACUGAUUGGACGAAAAACAGCUGGGAUCUGCUUGGUGUAGUAAUGAAGUCAUGUCAUCAUCAGUAUUAUUAGGACUCGGACUCAUUGGUAUCGGAGUUGCUGGGCGCUACAUAACUCGGCGUAUAAACGUUGGUAGCAUCACAGAACUUGUUAAAUUGUCGGGAAUAAAUGAAAAGUAUUAUCGUGGAGGCUUCGAACCCAAUAUGUCGAAGCGUGAAGCUGCAUUGAUCCUUGGUGUGAGGUGGUUCACCAUACUUGGCUGCAAAGAUCAAUCAAGCGAAAGAUAUGUUGGAAUCAAAUAAGACCUAACUAACAAUAGACUAUUCUUAGAAUUUUCUGUAAUAUAUUUCAACGUCAUUUAUUUUAGAAUUGGAAAUACUUACGUUUUUAUUUAGCAAAAACCUGGAGAUAUAGCAAAGAACUAAAUAUAAACUUAGUAACCUAUUAGUUAUAUCACUUAUCCAGGAAAUAUAGAUUUGUUCAGUAGAUUACUUGAGAUCGUAUUCAUUUGUUAGUCUGGUUGUUAUGGUGAUCCGAGUUGACUUUGAUGGUUAAAGAACUGACUUGUUACGAAAGAAGAGUCUCAAAGUGCUUUGCAUUAUGCGGAUGACGCUCGAAAACUGCAGUCCCAAAAUCAUCAGCAAAAAUCUUAGUGUGUUUAGUAUGCAAUUCACCAAUGUAAAAUGUGACAUGAUGCUGCAGAACUAGUAUGCACUGUUUCUUAAUUUAAUGACAGAAAGCGUAAUACUUAUUUACUUAUACUCGAGUGGAACCCGAAAGGGAAG